AUGAGUUUGGUGGGGGGCUUUCCCCACCACCCCGUGGUGCACCAUGAGGGCUACCCCUUCGCCGCAGCCGCCGCCGCCAGCCGCUGCGGCCACGAGGAGAACCCCUACUUCCACGGCUGGCUCAUCAGUAGCCACCCGGAGAUGUCGCCCCCCGACUACAGCAUGGCCCUGUCCUACAGCCCCGAGUACGCCAGCGGCGCGCCAGGCAUCGACCACUCCCACUACGGCGGGGGGCCGCCGGGCAGCGGGCCGCCCGGGCUCGGGGGGCCGCGGCCGGUGAAGCGCCGGGGCACGGCUAACCGCAAGGAGAGGCGCAGGACUCAGAGCAUCAACAGCGCCUUCGCCGAGCUGCGGGAGUGCAUCCCCAACGUGCCUGCCGACACCAAGCUGUCCAAGAUCAAAACCCUCCGCCUGGCCACCAGCUACAUCGCCUACCUCAUGGACCUGCUAGCCAAGGACGAUCAGAACGGGGAGGCGGAGGCCUUCAAGGCAGAGAUCAAGAAGACAGACGUGAAGGAGGAGAAGAGGAAGAAAGAGCUGAAUGAAAUAUUGAAAAGCACAGUUAGCAGCAACGAUAAGAAAACCAAAGGGAGGACUGGCUGGCCGCAACAUGUCUGGGCUUUGGAGCUCAAGCAGUGA